AUAAAACAAGAAGAGAACCAAAAUGUAAAAGUGUAGUAUUUUUCAAGCGACACACAGACGGAAAUGCAGGAAACGGCGCCAUCUAACGACAAGAUAUCAUCAAAGAUCAUGGUUCUCCCUGUGGUGAUUGGUGUACCGGUGGCAGCGGUGGUGUUAUGUGCAAUUGGUGUACCUGUGGGAUUAUAUGUUAUCAAACCAGAUUUACUAGUCAAACUGUUCAUGAGAUAUGGCAUGCGAUCAGCUGGUCUUAAGAUCAAAACAAUAGAGGGAAAUGACAUCACAUUUUGUUACGCAGAACGCGGCAUUCCCAAUCCUGAUGUCCCAAGUUUGUUAUUCAUUCAUGGAUUCACUGCAAGCAAAGACAUGUGGUCAACUAUUAUAAAGAAAAUGCCUCAGAACCUUCAUACCAUAGUUGUAGAUCUACCAGGUCAUGGUGACACUUUAACAAAAGUCGACGAAGAUAUGACAUUUAAAGGCCAAGUAAAGAGAGUCCACGAGUUUGCUGAGCUGAUAGGCCUAACAAAUGGGAAGUACCAUGUGAUUGGUCAGUCCAUGGGAGGAGCUAUAUCAGGACUAUAUGCUGCUACAUACCCAGAGGAGGUUGGCCUUGUCACUAUGAUAUGCCCAGCAAUGGAGACCCCUGAGAUGUCUGAUUUUACUCAUCACAUAGCUUCAACAGGAAAUGUUGUACUUCUACCAGAAACUGUGGAAGACAUUGCAGAGAUGAUGACGUUUAUCAUGCACAAGCCAAUCAAAGUCCCCAAACAGAUUCUGAAAGGUGCUCUUGGAUUGCGACAACCAAAGAUGGAUUAUUACAGGAAAUUAUUCUUAGCAUUGGUUGAAGACAGAGGUGCAUUGAAUGAAUCGAUGGGUUCAAUUACAGUGCCGUCACAGGUCAUAUGGGGCAAACAUGAUAAGCUGAUUCAUGUAUCUGGAGCUGAAGUUCUACACAAAGGGCUGCCCAGUUGUCAUAGGUUGGACCUGAUCCCAGAAUGUGGACAUUCAACCAAUAUGGAGCGACCAGGGAUGGUUACAAAGCUAUUGUUAAAGUUCAGAGAGUUAGAAAAGAACUAUGAUCCCAUUGAUAUUGACAAUAAUGCUAAUGGAAGUACUGUAUUGAAUGAGACUUCAGCAGAGAAGGUGCCCAUAUUAGAGGCUUGGCUAGCAGAAAAGAAGGCAUCCUUGUAAUACAACCAACAGUGUCUAUAUGAUUGGUUACAGUGUUUAGGGAAUUAACCACCAAGGCAAGAAAGUAAUUUGGUUAUGCUACAUAGACACGCACAAGAGUUUAAAAAGGUUGUAGUAAGUGAAAUCCUAGUCAUUCAGCCAAGGCUGUCUGUAUUUUCAAAGCCUACUAUGGACCUUGUUUCACUCAUCUACUACAUGUGUAGAAUAUUGUAUUGU